UAAGGUACAGGAAAUGUGCUUUUGGAUAUGGAGCAACAAUUGCAGGCAAAUGCCAUACGUAUACAAAUCCUGGAGCAAGAAAACACUACGCUGUACACCAGCAUUGUGAAACUGAGGCAAAGAGCACAACAUAAGGACACGAGGGAAGCCUCAUCAUGGAGCCUCUCUCUGCCCAACACAUCAGUUGAAGAGCAACGAAAUCACCCGACACAAAUGCAAAAGAGUCCGUUGGUGAGCAGCAGUGGAACACGGCUGGCAUACGAUAACAGAGGGAGGGAUGCAAGACGAGGGGAAAGUGGUCUCGGUUCAGCCGGCUCAGAGGAUCGUGUGUCCGCCGCCUCCGCCUCGUCUCUGCAACUCCACCUUCAAACCCUCCACCUCAACACGGAACCCACUGCUGCUAGAAAAUAUCCCAAAACACGCAAUGGUUCUAAUCCUGCUCACCCCAGAAGCUCAAAUCAGAGGAACAAAAUGAAACCCUGAAUGCAUGAAUGCACCUAAACAGAAGACACUCUUGCAAUUGGAGUGAGAAUGGACAACAACGACUCAUUAAUAUGCCACGAUGUCUUAUUGUACAUUACAGCACACUAACAUUAAUUAUUUUGUAAU